AUGCUCCCUACACGACAUCUUCGAGCGCACAGCAUGACUUUGGUCGACAGCACCAUCUGGAUUUUCGGUGGAUCCGAUGAGACGGACUCGAGAGACGACGUGUACACACUGGACACCGAAACCUUUGUCUGGGGAAAACCUAAACCUACCGGAGAGCAACCUCCCGGAAGCCGGGCCCACACAGCAACACUUGUUCACAACCGGUUUAUUUUCAUCGUCGGAGGGGGCAAGACCAUGUAUACUUUGACACUGUAUACAUUUUCGACACUUGAUGCACAAAUGGAUAAAACCCGAUAUCCAGGUGAAAAGCCAAUGCCCAGGAGGGCGCACACUGCGUGUCUUCACAAUGGGCGCUUGUUUAUUUUCGGUGGAGGGAACGGGACCGUAGCUCUAAACGACGUAUGGACCAUGGACGUCCGAGUUCCAUUCGAUAAGCUUCGCUGGCAACAAAUCAGACCACGCGAAGGCUCCGCUGUCCCACCACCCAGAGGGUACCAUACCUCCAACCUAGUCGGGAACGUAAUGGUCAUCAUUGGUGGAUCCGACGGACGCGAUACGUAUGACGAUAUUUGGGUCAUGGAUCUAGACACUGGAUUGUGGAAGCAGGUCUUGACCGACGAUCGGUACCCAUGCAUGUUCCAUUCCUCGACCCAGGUCGGAUCUUACUUGUUCAUCCUCGGAGGACACAACGGCCAGGUCUUUUUAUCAGACUUGAUCUUGUUUAACCUAGUCACCCUUCAGUACGAGACGAAACAGUGCGCUGGACGGACGUUCCCCGCGAGAGGAUAUCAUAGUGCCGUGCUCGCCGAUUCUCGGCUGGUCGUGACUGGCGGAUUCGACGGCGAGGCCGUUUUCGACGACGUUUCGAUCCUUGACCUCGCCGCGUUGGCGUACUUGCCCCAGGUCACCCGGUUCGGCAUCAUCAUUGAUGAACGAGGGGUAUACGUCGAGGACGAAGGUGCGGAGUAUACGGAAGAUGCAUAUUUCGAGUGA